CAGCAAUUGCAUAUUCCGUCUAAGUGGUAGGCGGGGGAGCGAUGGGAAGCUAGGGCGGAGCUGUGUGAUGGCGCGCCACAGAUCUACCAGAUCCUCCAUGUAAGCGAUGGCUAGGGUUUAGAUCGCAGGGGAUUUCUAUCAGCCAUGGGGGAAGCUGCGGAUUCUGAGGCGACGGAUGCAGUGGCGGAGCCGCGGCUAGGGCUCCCCAAGCUCAUCGGCGCGGCGCUGGACCGGAUCGUCAAGAACACGUCGUGGCGUGGGCACGGCAAGCUCGUCCAGGAAUGCAAGGCCGCGCAGGAGCGCCUCAAUGCUCCCAGCGCCAAGGAGAAUGGCAAUUCCACUGCAGCUGCCGCCGCAGCUGCCGCCGCCGCCGCGGGAUUGGAAUCCUCCAAGUUCCACGCCAGGGCUUUCGAGAGCUUCCUCUUCGACGGGCCAGUGUGCUACAAUGCCAGCUCCGCCGAGCUCAUUCUACAGCCUCUCGUCACUGCCUGCGACAGCCAGUCGGCCAAGUUGGCAGAUCCAGCGCUGGAUUGCAUCCAGAAGCUCAUCGCUCACGGCCACUUGCGGGGAGAGGUGGAUGCCGAGAGUGGAUCUGAGUUUUUGGUGCUCGUCCAGAUGAUGGACAACGUCUGCAAGUGUCACGAGCUGGGUGACGAGCAGAUCGAGCUCCUGGUUCUCAAGACGCUGCUCACGGCUGUGACCUCGACCACUUUGCGAGUCCAUGGAGACUGCUUGCUCAAGGCCGUCCGGACGUGCUACAACGUUUUCCUCGGGAGCAAGGCACCAGUAAACCAGACCACGGCCAAGGCGUCGCUCACACAGAUGCUGGUGAUCGUGUUUAGGAGGAUGGAGGCGGAUUCGUCCACGGUGCCCGUCCAGCCCAUUGUUGUGACGGAUCUCAUGGAGCCAGCCGAGAGGUCUUCUUCCGACACCAACACAACGCAGUUUGUCCAGAGCUUUAUCACCAAGGUGGUGCAAGACAUCGAGGUGGCCUUGAGUCCCGCUACGUCGUUCAAGUCUCUGAAGCACGACGGUGCUUUCGAGUCCACGGCGGCCACGGAGAAUAGCGGGAGCUCUGAUUUUCUGGAGUCGACCGACAGGGACAUGCUCGACGCGAAGUACUGGGAAGUCAGCAUGUACAAGAACGCUCUCGAGGGGAAAAGGGGGGAGUUUGCGGACGCAGAUUUGGACAAGGACGGGGACUUGGACGUGCAAAUAACGAACAAGCUGAGGCGAGAUGCGUUCCUCGUGUUCCGGGCCCUUUGCAAACUUUCCAUGAAGGUUGCUCCUCAGGAAGCCAUGGAUAAUGUCUCGUUGCGUGGCAAGAUUUUAGCACUGGAGCUUCUGAAGCUGCUGCUGGAGAACGCUGGUGCGGUUUUCCGUACAAGCGACAGGUUUGUCGGCGCCAUACGGCAAUACCUCUGUUUGUCACUUCUGAGAAACAGUGGUAUACAGCUGAUGAAUAUUUUCCAACUAUCCUGCUCGAUCUUUAUGAGUCUGCUUUUGAGAUUCAGAGCAGGACUCAAGGCUGAAGUGGGUGUUUUUUUUCCGCCGAUCGUUCUUAGAGUGCUCGAGAACGUGGCUCAACCAAACUACCAGCAGAAGAUGAUAGUCAUUCGGUUCCUAGAUAAGCUUUGCGUGGACCCGCAAGUUCUCGUCGACCUGUUCGUUAACUAUGACUGCGACGUCGAUUCCCACAACAUUUUUGAAAGGCUGGUAAAUGGACUACUUAAAACUGCUCAAGGUGUACCUCCGGGCGUGGAGAGCAGUUUGACUCCUAUCCAAGAUGCCGCUAUGAAGCUUGCUGCAAUGAAAUCUCUUGUUGGCGUGCUACGAUCGAUGGGGGACUGGGCCAACAGGCAGCUUAGGUUGUCAGAUGCAGCCUACCUGAGAAGUUUGGAUCAAACUGACAGCACCAGUGAAUCUAAUUCCGUUGGUCACAAUGGUUUUGAGGAAAAUGGCGAUGGUGCUGAGUCUCGCGUCUCCGAAAUCUCUUCAGAAACGUCUGAAGUGGCAACUUUUGAGCAACGGCGUGCUUACAAGUUGGAGUUUCAGGAAGGCAUUUCCCUUUUCAAUCGGAAGCCUAGCAAAGGCAUUCAGUUCCUGAUUAAUGCCAAGAAGAUCGGCGAUUCGCCGAAGGAGAUAGCAGGAUUUUUAUUAAGUUCAACCGGCCUGGACAAGACUGUUAUCGGAGACUAUCUGGGAGAAAAUGACGAGCUGCCUCUAAAGGUUAUGCAUGCCUACGUUGACUCCUUCAAUUUCCAAGGAAUGGAGUUUGACGAGGCCAUCAGAAUCUUUUUGCAAGGAUUCAGACUUCCAGGAGAAGCACAAAAAAUUGAUCGUAUCAUGGAGAAGUUUGCAGAGCGAUACUGCAAAUGUAAUCCCAAGGCCUUUACCAGUGCGGAUACCGCCUACGUGCUUGCAUACUCUGUUAUUCUACUGAACACUGACGCACACAAUCCGAUGGUUAAAUCCAAAAUGACAAAAGCGGAGUUUAUGAAGAACAACCGGGGGAUUGACGAUGGAAAUGAUCUACCCGAGGAGUUUAUGAGUGCUUUAUACGAUCGUAUUGUUAAGUGCGAGAUAAAGAUGAAGGCCGACAGUCUUGUCCCAACAAACAAGCCUACAAACAGGAUACUCGGCAUCGAGAGUAUUUUGAACAUCGUUAUUCGUAGGCCCAAGGAAGACAGACUGCAGGAAACGAGCGAUGAUAUUAUAAAGAACAUGCAACAGCAGCUGAAAGAGAAGGCUGGCAAAUCGGGCUCUGUCUAUUACUCACCGUCUGAUGUGGAGAUCUUAAGGCCCAUGGUCGAAGUUACAUGGGCUCCAAUGCUUGCAGCCUUCAGUGUUCCACUGGAGAAGAGUGAAGACGAAGUUAUCACUUUUCAGUGUCUCGAGGGAUUUCGAUACGCAAUCCGCGUUACUUCUAUUAUGUCUAUGCGGACAGAGCGCGACGCAUUCGUGACUUCGCUAGCGAAAUUCACAUAUCUUCAUUCGCCCGCUGAUAUAAAACAGAAGAACAUAGACUCUAUUAAGGCGGUGAUAUCCAUUGCUGAUGAAGAUGGAAACUAUCUACAGGAAGCCUGGGAACACGUCCUGACGUGUGUUUCUCGCUUUGAGCAUCUCCAUCUUAUUGGUGAAGGCGCUCCUCCUGAUGCCACCUUUUUCGCCGCCCCGCAGUCCGACUCCGACAAAACAAUGCAGCUGAAAUCGCCUGUCCUUCCUGUGCUUAAGCGGAAAUGGCCUGGACGAAUGCAAUAUGCUGCUGCUGCCGCAAGAAGAGGAUCGUAUGAAAGUGCUGGAGUUGGAGGAAAUUCGGCUGGGUCUGUUACUGCUGAGCAGAUGAACAACUUGGUUUCGAAUCUCAACAUGCUGGAGCAGAUUGGCAGCUUCGAGAUGAACAAGAUAUUUACCCGCAGCGACCGAUUGAACGGCGAGGCAAUUGUGGAUUUUGUAAAAGCGCUUUGUAAAGUUUCGAUGGAGGAGCUACGAUCUCCAACUGAUCCUCGGGUAUUCAGCCUCACCAAAAUUGUUGAAAUAUCGCAUUUCAACAUGAACCGCAUCAGACUCGUUUGGUCGCGAAUCUGGAACGUUCUCUCCGACUACUUCGUCACGGUUGGGUGUUCUGACAACUUGUCCAUUGCAAUGUAUGCAAUGGAUUCAUUGCGUCAACUGGCAAUGAAGUUUCUGGAACGUGAAGAGCUGGCAAAUUACAACUUCCAGAACCAGUUCCUGAAACCUUUUGUUGUGGUUAUGCGGAAGAGUAAUUCUGUUGAAAUUCGGGAGCUGGUGAUUCGCUGCGUGUCGCAAAUGGUUUUUGCGCGCGUUAAAAACGUGAAGUCUGGCUGGAAGAUUAUGUUCAUGGUGUUUACCACGGCAGCUACAGACGAGCACAAGAGUAUGGUGCUUCUGGCUUUUGAGACUAUCGAAAAAAUUGUCCGGGAGUAUUUCUCGUUCAUCACGGAGACAGAGACGACAACGUUCACAGACUGUGUUAACUGUCUCAUCGCUUUCACAAAUAGCAGAUUCAACAACGACAUCAGCCUGAAUGCUAUUGCAUUUUUGAGGUUCUGUGCGCACAAGUUGGCGGAGGGCGAGCUUGGUGCAUACGUAAAGAAGGAAGAUCGCGUGGCAAAUGGUGAUAUGUCUGAACCGACUUUUACUGAUCGGGAUGAUGAUUUGCAUUUUUGGUUUCCCUUGCUAGCAGGCUUGUCGGAAUUGACAUUCGAUCCUCGGCCUGAAAUUCGCAAAAGUGCUUUGGAAGUGCUUUUCGAUAUAUUGCGGUCGCACGGACAUAUGUUCUCUCCAGCGCUCUGGGAGCGAGUCUUUGACUCGGUUCUACUUCCUCUCUUUGAUUAUGUCAGGCGAGCAAUCGAGCCCUUACAAGCAGCGGAAGAUGAUCACCCAGAGUUUGAAAUGGAUGCGUGGCUGUACGAGACUUGUACCCUGGCCCUGCAGCUUGUGGUGGACUUGUUCGUAAAGUUCUAUCCGGUGGUCGCCCAUCUGUUAGGGAGAAUACUGCUGCUACUUACGGGCUUUCUAAAGAGACCGCACCAGAGUUUGGCUGCAAUUGGAGUAGCCGCGUUCGUGAGGCUGAUGAGUCACACAGGGCAUUUAUUCACGGAUGAGAAGUGGGACGAAGUUCUUGCCGCACUGCAAGAGGCCGCCGAAGGCACUCUCCCAGAUAUGAGCAAAGUUAUGGAGUGCCUGGAAGAUAUCGAGCUUCAGAAAGCUAUUCAAGGAUAUAAAACAGAGAACGAUGCCAUGGCCGAGGAAAUGACUAGACUCCAAGCAGCACUCUCGGACUACAAGUGCAGAACUGCUGUCCAGCUUCUCUUAGUUCAGGCUGUUAACGAAUUGUUUACGAACCACGGCAGUCGCCUGGCAGCGUCUCACAGCAUGCUUCUCCUGGACACCCUUCACGUUGUGGCCGCGCAUGCACACAACGUUAACAGUGACAUCGCACUCCGAACGAAGCUGCAGCAAGUGAAGGUGGCAACGCAGCUGUCUGAUCCCCCACUACUGCGUCUGGAAAGCGAGUCAUACCACGCCUACCUCAACCUCUUGCAGACUCUAUCGGUCUUGAAGCCCGAGCUUGCAAAGGACGCGGAAGUGGAAGGUCGCCUGGUGGAACUGUGCGAGGAGGUGUUGCAAGUGUACCUCUGUACCGCAACCGGUGUUGCCGCUGCUUGGGACUCCGGCGACAAGAGUAGUGCUCAGCCUCUCUGGUCGAUUCCGCUCAGCUCGUCUAGGAGGCGUGAGCUGAGUGCCCGUGCUCCUCUCGUGGUUUCCACGCUUCAAGCUGUCGGCGGACUGAAGGAGUCAUCGUUUGAGAAGCACCUGCUCAGAUUUUUUCCGCUGCUGGCAACGCUGAUAGCUUGUGAGCACGGCUCGGAGGAAGUUCAAGUGGCAUUGAGCGACAUGUUUAGCUCCUGGAUCGGCCCGAUUCUUUUGCAAGCCUGAUGAUAUCUUUGGAGGCUAGAGCAUGAUAAAAGCUGGUAACUAGAAGUUUUAAACAGUGGAAGACGCAUGUUCUACUGAGCAUAAGCCAGGUCUGGGACAGCCCCGUGCCAUUGGCAUGGACAAGUUUUUGGCAGACCUGAAAGUUCUUGGGAUGAACUUGUCCACGUACAAGGUCCCUGCGAGAUGGUCGCAUUCGUGCUGGAGGAUUCGAGCCUGCCAGCCGGAAGCGUCCACUUUCAAUGGCCUGCCUUCGCGGUCCAGUCCGGUGACUUCCACGUCGAGGUGCCUCUCCACCAUCGCCCGGAAGCCAUGAACGCUGGCAGCAAAAGAGCUCGCAGGGAAGAAAGAUCAGCGGCAGAAAGUAAAGUUUGGACGAGAUCACCUGAGACAUCCUUCAAAGAACCUGGCAGUGGCACUGGUGGUGGGUCUGAGGAUGGGAUUGAUGAUCACCUGGGCAGAUAUAUGAGCUCCCGAAGAAAAGGAAAGGAUUGGACUGGAACUUACCAGGAGCUCGAAUGGCUUUCGCUGCUGGGAAAGAGCCUCGUCGCGGGAAACGUAGCUGAUAUACUCGGCGGUGUCCUCGAGCACAAUUAUCUGGAAGAGAAGAAGGGAAGGCAUGGCAACCUGGAGCUAUCGGCCUACCUGGAGAGGAACUCCGAUCUGGGGAGCGGCCAGACCCACGGCCGGUGCCUCCCGCAUUGCAUCAAUCAAGCCUUGGAUGGUGUUCUGGACGGUGUCGCUGCUCACCUCGGAGUGUAGCACCUCUCGCGCGGCCUCAUGCAAGACAGGGUCCCCGGCCUGGACGAUUUCGAGCUUGGGCGCCUUGCUCUUGAAUCCAAACAGGCUCCGACACUGGAAUCUCCUUCUCACCUCGGCUCUCCUCACGCAGUGGUGGACGCGCAGUGGUGGUCUGAGAGUUGGCAGUGGUGUGGCUGGACUCCAGGCAAGCGCCAUUUCUUUUAUCUUCUUUGCUUUGCUACAUUGUUGACUAGUGGAAUUUAACUCUUGUUGUUAAUCUAUACAAUCUAUCAUAAUAUCUAUUAAAGAGUAUUUA